AUGGACGCGCCCGCCAGCCCCCGAGCCGGCCCGGAGGGCGCGGCGGCAGAACGGGGCCCGAGCCCGAGCCCGAACCCCAGCCCRGAGGAGCCCAUCCAGGAGGAGGAGGAGGCGGCGUACGUGGAGAUCCGCGGCUCGCCGCGGGGGCCGGAGGAGAGCCGCCAGAGCUCCCAAGUGGCCCAGGCCGGCGGCGCGGAGGGAGCGGCCGCUCCCGCACCGGACAGCGGAGCCGGAGGGACCGGGGAUGACGGCUCGGCGAGCGGCGGACCUCCCGGGGAGGAAGCGGGGCCAGCAUCCUUGGACGAGGAGCGGGAUCGCCCUCCUUCCCCGGCGGCGGAAUGCGGCGCUGACCCCCGCCCCGGCUCCGCGGAAGCGGAGGAGAGCGGCGGGACGCCGGASGCGGGGGGCUGCCCGGAGUCCUCCUCCUCCUGCCCUUCGCCCGUGACCAAGGCGAACGACUUCGCCGCGAUGGGCGACCCGGUGUCGACGGAGGGCAAAACCUCUUCUUCCUCCUUCGGCUACGAAAGCGAAGUGGAGGAUGAGGUCGCGGGGCGCAAGGCGACUCCCMCCGGCGCCCCCCCGAGCACCCCUCCCGGCGGCGGCCGCGACGAGGCGCACUAUAUCAGCACGCAGGAAAUCCAGCUGAGCGAGGUGGACCACGACAUGGACUUCGACGCGGGGCUGGCCGCCCGCUGGGACUUCGAGGAUAACAACGUGAUCUACUCCUUCGUUGACUACGCCUCCUUCGGGAGCGACGAGACCCCGGGGGACACGCUGACGGAGGAGGAGGAGAAUAGCUGCUACCUUAGCACGACCACCAGCGACCCYAACAACCAGACGGACAGCAUCGACAACACCAGCAGCACCGAGAUCGUCAGCCUUACCUCCGAACACGACACCCCCGGCGGGGACAAGCGCGCCAGCUCGGGGGAAAGCCGGUCCAAGCAGCUCGGCCGCCCCGGCGGGAGCCCGGGCGCCCAGCUUCUCCUAUCAAUCAAAGCCGCUUCCCGGGCUAUAAAUGAGUCUAGCAACGUGCACGGAAAGCAAAACACUGUUUACGCUGCCAAGCAUGAAGGCGACAUGAGUCUCCGUGUCGCCGCGGCUCCCGACCGCAGUGCGAGUUUAAAACAGGAUGCGGUCCGCGACCACGCGAAAAAGUUCAUCGCGGUCCCCGCGCGGCUGCAGACGCGGUGCGGGGCCGCCAGGGCAGGGGAGCACUCGAGCGGCGCCUCCAGCGCCGUCAGCGAGCUGGACGAUGCCGACAAAGAGGUGCGAAACCUUACGGCCAGGGCUUUCCGCAGCCUGGCGUACCCCUAUUUCGACACCCUGCGCCCCGGCUCCCGCGCCUCCUCCGCCUCCCUGUCCGACAAUGCCCUGGGCAUCAACCGCUGGUCCACCUACCUGGACCUCAAGUGUGGCAGUCUGGGGCCGAGAGCCGAGCCCAACCUGCUGCGCUCCGGCCGCUCGCAGACCAAAGCCCUCGAGUUCGUGGUCAGCAAGCUCGACGGGGAGAUCGCCCACGUCGAGACGCCGCGGCGGCUGCGGGCGGGCUCCCGGGUAGUGACCCUGCUGGACCUCGGCGAUGCCGCCGAGGCCGGGGAGCCGCCGGCGGCGGAGGGCGGCGGGAAGGGGUCCAGCAAGAAGUCCAGGUUCGCCUCCAGCCUCCUCAAAAAUGUCAUCUCCAAGAAGAUGCAGCUGGAGCACGAGUUCAAGAUGGAGCGGGGMGAGAUCACCGACACCUCCUACACCGGGCCGGGCGCGGGCCGGGAGCCGGAGCCCGCCGGCRGCAGCGCCGGCCGGGAGCGGCAGCGGGAGGGUGGCGUGGAGCGACAGCGGGAGRGUGGCGUGCAGCGGCAGAACUCCCGGCACUCGGAGGGCGGCUCGGACUGCACCGCGGCGCCGGCGGAGGAUGCGGGCGAGGGCGGCGGGGGCCGCUCUCCGGCCUCCAAGGCGUCGACGCCCCGCGAGGGGAACCGCAGCCUGGACCGGGCGCUGUCGGAGGAGCUGUGCGAGGUGAAGCGCAGCGCCUCGGAGGCCAUCAAGGCCACCUUCCUCCGCAGCCAGAACAGCGCCUUCAGGUCCUGGAAGGAGCGGGAGGCGGAAAGGAAGGAGGAGAGGGCGCCCGUCGGUAAGCUGAAACUCUCUCCCAGGCACGACUGGCGAGCAGACCUGGGUGAGAUCUCCGCCGGGAAGUCCACCAAGAUGUCCCGCCUGUUCGUCCCCGCCAUUCAGCACACCCCUCGGGAGAAGGAACCCGGCAAGAGGGCGACCAAGUGUUCCGCCGCCGCUGCCGCCUCCUCGCCCGCCGGCGCCGCCGCCGCCACCUCGCCCCCCGCCGCCAARCCCAAAGCCCCCGAGAUCAAGAUCAGCCUGGGCAGCGUGCAGCAGCCCCGGGACGCCGCCUUCAGCAUCGCCCAGCUGCUGACGCCGCAGAUCGCAGGGAGGCCGCCGGAGGAGGGCAGGGGACAGCCGCUCAAGCCUCUCAAGACCGGCGACGGCCCCGACAAAGUGCCGCAGUUCCUGGUGCGCGACGUGAGGGACAGCAAGUACAGAGCCCAGGGGAUCCUCCACCAAGUGCGGGACGUGCGGAAACUCAUCAAAAGCUCCUACAGUGCCGACUCGGGGGAUAACAGCAGCGACAAGGGCAGCGGUGCCUCGGAGCAAGGCGGCCCGGAGCAGAAGCCCCGGCAGCAGCUGGUCAUCGCCGGUGUCCCCCGGUCCCUCUCCCCCGUGGUCAUCACCUGCCAGGCGGUCGGCCACGCCGGCAUCAAGCCCACCGAGGCGGGGGCCAAAGCGGCRGGCAGGGUGCCGGCCUGCCCCCCAGAGGGCACCGUCCUGGUGCACCGCACCUCGGGCAGGCUGCCAGUGGCCACCAUCGCCCCCAACAAGAGCGAUGCUCGCCAGCCGGCCGUGCUCAAGAUCGUCUCCAAAUCCUCCGCGCCCUGGCGGCACCAGCCCCCGCCGCCGCCCGCAGAGAGGGCCCGGGCGCCGGAGGAGGACCCGCGGGAGGAGAGCAAGGCGGCGCCGGUGCAGAACGCGCUGGAGAAGCUGACGGCGGCGGUGCGGAGCAUGGAGGAGCUGUACAGCUUCAACAAACGCGAGUGGAAGCGCAAGAGCGACCCUCUGCCCAUGACCGACAGCCACGUCCUCUCCCUUAUCGCCAGCCAGGAGCGGGGCGCCGGUUCCCGACCCGCCGCCGCCGCCGCUCCGGCCCCGCCACCACCGGCGGACAAGGCGGAGGAGCCGUCGGGCAAGGGGCCGGGCAUCGAGCGGCUGCCGCGCCGCUCCUCCAACAGCGCGGCCGACAAGGUCUCGGCCAARGCGGCCGCCUUCGAGAGCCUGGCCCGGCAGCGGCAGCGCGGCCCGCCGGCUCCCCGCAACGAGCCCCCCGCCGCCCCCCGCGCCCUCCUCACCCUCCGCGGGCCGGGAGGAGCCGCAGCCCCCGCUCCGGCCAAGGCCCCUUCCGAGGGCGGCCCGCGGGGCCCGGCACCGCCGCGCUCGCCUCGGCUGCCCGGGGGCGGCGGGGAUGCGGAGCGCGGUCCCGACUGCGGGAACUAUCUGUCCCUGCCGCUGAAGGCGGCCGCCGAGCCCGGCUCCCCCGAGUCCCCUGCGGCGGCGGGCGGUGUCCGCCCCAGCCCGGUGUCGGCGGCGGCAGCGGCGGCCGCGCUGUGCGGCUUGCAGCCCUUCGCCCUGCCCGGCGCCGCGCCGCCGCCGCUGCUCUGCUUCUCGCCCUCCGUGCCCGCCGCGGCCGCAGCGGCCGAGCCCUUCCCGCAGACGCAGCGCAAGGUGCUGCUGGACGUGAGCACCGGGCAGUACUAUCUGGUGGACACGCCCGUGCAGCAGCCCCUCAAGCGGCGCCUCUUCGACCCCGAGACCGGGCAGUACGUGGAGGUGCCGGUGCCCCAGCAGCCGGCCGCGGCUCCCGUCCCGCUGCCUCUGUCGCCCCUCGCCCUCAAUGCCGGCGCCUAUGGCGCCACGUACAUGCUGUACCCCGGGCUGCUGCCCGCCGCUGCCGUGCUGCCCGCCGGCGCCCUGCAGCGCCCGCUCUCGCACCCGGGCAGCGAUGCCAGCGCCCCGGCAGAGCCCGGCAGCCCCGCYGCGCCGGAGGCGGCUUUUGCAGAGAGUCCCUACUACGUGGCUACCGGCAAGGGCCCGCCGCCGGCGCGGCACGGGGCGGCCGAGGCCAAGCCGGUCAUCAGCAUCACGGCGCCGGCCACCGGCCCUCGGAUCGUCGCGCCGCCCUCCUUCGACGGCACCACCAUGCGCUUCGUGGUGGAGCACCGGUGAAGAGCGUGGGGAUAUUGAAGAAGAAUUACGCUUCUUUAAUUUGAAAUACACUUGGUAACUCUUCAGCAUCAAUCCUAAAAACUGUUUCUGCAGUUUUUCUCAAUUUUUUUUCUUCAUCAUACAAAACAAGCAUGUAAGUUUCUUGUUUUCCCCUAAAUGCUCUCCUGUUUUGGAGGAUGCCUACAUUUAAUUAUGUGAGCAGCACUAAAUUACUGCAUUAUUUUGUGCAAAGCUGUUUUUGUACUGAAGCCAGUCUGCUUUAGGCAGGCUUUAGGCAUUGCUUCUGUGCUGGUAGCCAAUGGCAGUAAUGCCACCACAGCUGUUUGUAAAAUGCAGGGUGUAAAUGCAGCAGUGUUUCACUGUGGAUCGACACACAGCUUCAUUCAGGUCUCUGGAACGUGUUGUGAUAAUCCAGUGCAGCCCUGCACUUUUAAAAAAUAAAAUAAAGCCCUCAACUCUCUCCUAUUGCAGUAAAUGAGGGUCUUCCAUACAGGUUUUGGUCACAAUUUGCAAUCAGAUGGUUUUUUGUACUGUGUACUUCUCACUUGGGAUUGCAAAUGAGGAGAGCUAUAGUGUUAAAUUUAUCUUUAGUGCUUAUUUUUUGGCAUGGUUCAAAAGAAGCUGUGUAAAUGUCAGAAAACACAUUUGAUUGCUUUCAUUUUUUGCUCCUCUGUACUGCAUUGAACAUCCCAAGUUGCCUUAAUUAUGACAGUGUUUAAAUACUGGGAAACCAGAAAGUGAAUGUAAUACUUUAAAAUCCUGGUUCUAGAGGGGAGAAGAGCAUUUAUUUUUCUUUAAGACUGUAGUCUAUUCUUCCUUAAAUUGCCACACUGUUGAAAACAAUGCCCUGGGAGAAGGAUUUUGCAAUGUUACAACCUUAAUACUGKGUAGUUGUUUCUUUAGAUGUUGUUUGACAGGUUUAUCUGAGGGUUACAAUUACAGUUUGCAAACAAACUAUCUCUCUUUCAURCAAGAAAAUAUAACAUUAUUGYUGAUGCAGUGAUUUAURUGUCCAACUCUGCUUAAACKGAUUGUUUUGUUACCAGCAACUAGUUUGCAUCAGCAAAAGAGAAUUGYUAUUAUGACAGUAAAACUAAAAUACAAUAGUUUGUUCCCUGACCAAAAUUUUGAAAGUGAAGCACUUUGGGAAGCAAAUAAAUGUAAGAGCAAACCUAAAUUGCAUAUCAUAAAUUACAUAAUAUAAAGCUUUCCUGGGGUUACAGAAUCGAAUUUCAACAUCUAAAUGCAAAACCCAGAAAUCUAUACGUCAGCAUUUGCCCACAGGCAGGAUUUUCCUCCACCUGUUCUCAAGGUUUCCUGCAGCUAAGGAAGUUUCCAUGUUUUUCAUUUUAAAAAUAA